AGCACGUUGAGCGUGUAUGUUGUUUGUAAAUAGCAGCACUGCAGCUGCUCGCGCCGGUACAAUGAAGGAACGCAUUUUAACAAAUAAUGAAAAAUCCUUCGUUCAAAAGGCUAUUCUCGAAUCGAUCCGUAUCGAUGGCCGAACGUUGGAUGAGUUCCGCAAGCUAAGAAUAUGCUUCGGUGCCGAAUGGGGCUUGGUCCACGUAAUACUGGGAGAAACGCGCGUCCUAGCCCGGGUUACUUGUGACGUGGUGGAACCGAAAGCGACCCGACCCAACGAGGGUAUGCUUUUCGUGAACGUUGAGCUGGGACCGAUGGCAGCGCCCCACUUCGAUGGAGGCCGUCAAUCGGAUGAAUGUGUACAAUUGAAUCGCAUUCUUGAGCGUGCAUUGAAAGACUCUGGCUGUGUCGAUCUAGAAUCGCUUUGCUUGGUAUCGGAGGAGAAGGUAUGGACACUACGGGUGGACGUAACCGUACUGAAUCAUGAAGGCAAUGCGAUCGAUUGCUGUGCGAUAGCGGCACUUACCGCUUUGGCACACUUCAAGCGUCCGGACAUAACGGUCGACGGUGAGAACGUGAUCGUACAUACGAUGGAGGAAAAGGAACCAAUCAAGGUGACACUUUUCCACUAUCCGAUUUGUGUUAGCUAUGCGAUCUUUAAUCAGGGCAAAAUAGCCGUGGCAGAUCCAACUUACCUGGAAGAACGUGUCGCCGAAGCGAAAAUGGUGUUCGGCAUCAAUUCGUACGGUGAGCUGUGUGGGUUACAUCUCGGUGGUACUACACUUAUCAGUUCCGAGCUGCUUUUGCGGACUUCGAUGAAAGCGAGCAAACGGGCCCGACUGGUGGUGGAUAAGAUUAAAGCCGCCAUUCAGAAGGAUAGUGCAGAUCGUGACAAGGGUUUGCCGGUUGGAUUUACCGAAGGCAUCGAACGUAACGAAGUCACUGUGCACGCGCAGGAUAGAAUGCAGGUGCGAUUGAAGCGAUUCAAGCUGAAAAUUGACGGGCAAGAGCGGGCCGAUUCCGAUGGUGACGUAGAAUCGGAACCGGACGAAACGAUGGAACCAAUCGAUGCACAAAAAGAACCGGAUGAACCGAUGGCGGUGGAUACGGUUCUGGAGAUCGGAGACACUGCAGCCGUACUAAUACCGACCCCGAAGGACGCUAGCAAUCAGUGGUUAACGGAAGCGGAACUGAUGCAAGUAAGGAAAAGGACAAAGAAAAGGAAGCGCAUGAAGAAAAGUUUGCUUUCUCAGCCGAAUGAAACCGUGGUAGUGGAGGGCGAUAGUAGCGAGGAGGAAAAGGUAACGCUGACUUCUGCAGAUAUAUGAAU